AUGCUACGACCACCGUGGUUACUCACGGAGAUUCUGCAACUCCUCACCCCAGCACUUCUGUUGCUGCUCCUUUGCACACAACAAUGCCGUGCGGAUGACUCGACCUUUGAGUUCAAUGGACCAGCCGAGUCCGUCCAUGUCAGUGAACCGCCCGAGUUCAACUUUGACGGUGACCAGAUGCCCGUCGUUCUGCGUCCAGUCGCUGGACAUCAACUGAAACACUCGCUUUUUGAACCGACAAGCAGCAUGGACAUGCACUUCCUGCAGCUUCAAGAAGACAAGAAUCCGGGUAUCCUCCAAAUCACCAUUGAUCAUGAAGAUCACGACUAUGUUAACCUCGAACGGAUUGAGCCCUUCCUUGUUGAGCCGGUCACGUGCCGCAUGGCGAGAUAUGGCGAGAAGACUGAUUUGGAUUUGCACUUUGAGACCCGCGAGGCUUUUGAAAUGGCCGAGCAGAACUGGUCCCCAAGAUUCUCCAACACCAAUGAGAGGAGCAUUCUCUUCGUCGUGGAAGGACCGUACUGCUUCGAAGCGGCAGGAACACGCUCGGUUUAUCAUUCCACCAAUAUUCGAUUCGACGCAGAUCGCAAGUUGGUUGUCAUCGAAGCCGAGCCGCUGCAUGCGCAGGUGUAUUGGGAGUCCGGCUGGACUCAUGGCAUCACCAUGUCAUUAUUGGAACACCAACCCGAAGGGCAUGUCAUAGUACCGCGUGAAAGUCUGCAGCUCACUCAUGGCUCGCAUGAAUUGGUCAAGCGAGAAAACCAUUGGCACAAAAACUUUCACCACAAUGGGAUCGACCUGAUGUACAACAAUUCAAUGCAUCAUGACCUUGGAGAACGACAUGAGUUCAUCGGAGAAAAACCAUUUUGGUACAAUGGUCCACAUAUGAAUAUAGCUUGUAUCGGAUGUCACGUCACAGGCACGUUCAGAGCAGGAGUCAACGUCAGAAUCGAUCUCAAUCCCUUCCAUGGCCGCGAAAACUGUCACAACAAGAAAAGGAACCCGCCGAGGAAACGCUCGGCGAACGCCACAGCGUUCAUGGAUAAACAUGAGCACAUUCAGCCAACAAUCUAUGCUUUGAUGGAGGCGGAGCGAAUCGAGAAACAUCGACAAGUUCGGGUGGAAGCGCGCAAAUUGCGAAGGCGAGGGAUCUCAUCCCCUGAGUCUCCCGACCUGAGCUGUUCCCCGGCGAACCCUACAUUCCCCGUCUGCCACGAACGUCACAUGCCUCGUGCUCUCCAGACUGCUGACCCUUGCAACGAUUGGCUCCAUCCAACUGAGGCGGCCAAAGAAGUCUUCACGUGCGCGGUGAAGUCAAUCGUCAGUCUCCUAUUCAAGGGCAAGAAAUGCCGGAAAACGCUCCAUAAAGAACUGAAAGAGUUCCAUGGCAUCAAGGACUACGCCAAACAAUUCGUUCGGGCUCACGUAACGGAUCUGGAGAUCUAUUACGAGGUCAUUGACGACAUUGACAUACGAUUUCAACUCGAAAUUUCCGGGACAGUCUCCUUGACCUUUUACUUCGACGUGGACUUUCUCCAAUCGGCGAUAAAAAUCACAAACGGCGACGAGGCAUGCAAAAUGAUACCCGACGCGCCCAUGUUCUGCGUUAAACCUUCCCUUCCUGUUAGUAUUUCCAUUGGUUAUAUGAUCAGUACGGACGGGGGAUCUUCUACCGGCCCAAUGUCCUUGAGCGGGCUUCCUUCUGGAAAAAAAGAUAAAGACGGGAAGUCCAUUCCGAUCGGAAAAGCGAUGAGUUUUGGUGGAUCAAAGAGUAGUUCUAACGAUAAGACAAGUCUGGAUGCCCAAAAAGUCGGUCCUGGUGCCGGCAAAAUCGAACUCGAUCCUAUCAAGGAUAAUGAUAAGACGCCGCACGGACUGCCGGUUCCGACAUUGGACUUGUCACCCAUAGGAGUCUCUACCUCGGUGGCACUGGAGGCGCAUAUUAAUGUAACCCUUCCAGGCUUCCACGUCAGGAUGCCCAAGGGUAAGAUCUCCUGGAAACCCUUGAAGGAAAAAAAAGAAGAACAACUUGUCAACACCAUUACCAUGAUCACCGAAUACCUCCCCGCGAGAUUGGAAAUCAACAGUCCCAAGCUCACCAUCAGGGUGUCCGCCGGACCACGCUGGAAAUUUCACCUUCUCCCUCUCCCCGAAGGUGGGAUGAAGGACAAAAUGACCGUGGCAGGCAUUUCCGAUCCUCUAGCUAUUGGAGGACAUUUCCAACCUAUUCGCAUCGACCAGAUCCUCAGCGUGGCGACCGACGACGACGUCGAUAAAUGUCCCAAGAAUCAUAUCAAGUACGAAGUGUUGAUACGAACGGGCAUGGAUGCCUAUGUUAUGGUCUUCGCCCAGCGCGUCCUCGAUUUAAACUGGAUACCCCCCCUGCACAAAACCAACAUUCCCUCGGAAACGAUUCGCGGACUGUGGUAUUCCUGGCGCGUCUAUAUACAAUGUUUGAACGCGACGAUUGACAUGGACCCCGUGAACGACAAAAUCAAUGCGAAAUUGCUGGAGUGGCAGCAGCCGCUCAUCGACGCCUUCGCGAAGAUUGGGCAGAAGAUUAGUGCGCAAGCUGACAAAAAUUUCAAGCAUGUGCCGCUGGAUGACAGGUGGAGGAAUGAGACGGCGAUGGAAAUGAUUGAUUUCUUGGAUUUCGCUUCUUGGUCUGAUCGGGUGGGACCUGGAAUGACUUGGAAGGAGUGUCAGAUUGGGAUACAUUCGGGAUGUGAUGAAGAGCAUCGAUUCUUGGUUGCUGAGGAUGCUCCGCCAAGGGAAGAAUAUCAGUCUGAAGAAGAUGAAGGCGGGGACGAUGACCAUAAGAAUGUGGACGGUGAGGAGAAGAAGAAGGAGAAGGAUGGACUGGGGCAUGUGCUGAAAUGUAUGUUCCUCGGUUGUUCUGAGAAGCAUGACGGGGAGGAUAAAGGGGGAAAUAAUGAUGAGCCGGAAAAAGAUCCGGAUGACGAGGGAGGGAAGGAGAAGGAGAAGAAGAAGCAUGGAGCCCUUCACUAUGCUAAAUGCUGGUUCGUAAGUUGCGAUGAUGAUAAUGAUGAUGGCGCCGCCGAAGGUGCUUCGACGGCUGAUGCUGGAGUUGGUGCUGGAGUUGAGUCUGCUGCUGAGGCUGGAGUCGGUGCUGUUGAUGCCGGAGUUGAAUCUACUGCUGGGGCUACUGCUGCCGAUGCUAAUAUCAUGCUCCUCGCAGCAGAGGAGCCCGCAACUCAGGCUCAGAAGGAGGAUUAUCAUGGCGUGGAUGAUGAUGAUGGUGAGGGAGGGUAUGAUAGGUGGAGCAAAUUGAUUGAGGAUUAG